CUGCGACGUCGGCCUCGCUCGCGUCGUGCCGGAGGUACUCCAGCAGGCGCCGGCAACAUAGCCGGAUGUCUCAGCGAACUCGGGCGACACAAAGAAGCUCUAGACAUGGGACGCAAGAUCUAUGACGGGAAACGUGCUUUAUCCAAGUGGCUGCCGCCUGAGUCAAUUUUCAUCACUGCUUUUGGCCUCGCAAACCAGAUGUGCGGGCUCGGGCUUUUCGACGAAUGUAAAGAGUUUGCGCGGGAAAGAAUUCCCGAAGCAGAGCGUGCCCUUGGGUCUGAGCAUGGUCUGACUUUGUGCUUUCGCGGAAGUCACGCGGUUGCGCUACUCAACAGCAGCGACGCUACUCUCGACGACAUGCGGCUUGCCGUCAAAACGAUGGAGGACUGCGCACAAACGUUGCGCCGCGUCUUGGGCAAAAACAAUCCGCAGACAUUGGAGAGCGAGAACAUGCUUGCGAAAGCACGAAUGAAACUCGCCGCCGAGGAGGCGCGCACAGGGCUCGCCGCGCUAUAG